CUCAGAAUAUUUACUUUAUGGUAACCCAAGCCCAAAGACGGAUCUGUCCCAUCAGGACUCAGGUGACAUGUUAAAGACUGGCAAUGAUCCGUCCUGUUCAUACACUAUAGAGAUGAUACCUGGUGACAAGCCUGUCGGAUUAGAUACACAGACUGAUCUGUCUAGAGGGGACUGGAACCAGUACAGUAGUAGUGUAUACUCUGAAGGGUGCAUAGAUAAGAAAGGGGAGGUUAUAGUGGUAGAUGAGUUGACUGUGAAACUGGAGGGUGACGCUCCUCUGACAUGGAAUGCAGACGAGACUCACUUAGGAGAAGGACACUCUCAGGGCAACACCAGUGACUUCUUAGACUACAGGGAAAGCUUAAAGACCAAUCUAACUGUCGCAACCCACUCCCCUUCACACACGCUCAGGGAUCGCAACCCACUGUCCACGCCGAUGGCACCUUCGGAUUCACAAUACCUUUUCGAUCAGGUAUUGAACUCAAAGGAUCAAAGGGCCAAGGCACAGGGAGGGGGAGCCACAUCAGGAAAUACUAAAGAGAAACGGUUCCUCUGCAUGUUCUGUAACAAAGGCUUCAGCAGCUCCCAGAAGGUGGAGAUCCACCAGAGGGUCCACACAGGGGUGAAACCCUUCAGCUGUACCCAGUGUCAUAUGCGCUUCACCCAGGCUGGUGACCUGAAGAGGCACCAGAGGGUCCACACAGGAGUGAAACCCUUCAGCUGUACCCAGUGUCACAUGAGCUUUGCCCAGGCUGGCAACCUGAAGAGGCACCAGAGGGUCCACACAGGGGAGAAAUCCUACAGCAACCCCCCAGUGUGAGAAGAAGUUCUCCCACUUGCACCAACUGAACAUGCACCUGAAAGUCCAUAUGGGAGAAA